UUAUAAUAGUCUUAGAUUUUUCAUUUUGAUGAGCCUCGCUUUGAGGAAUUCAUGGAAUAAUCCAUUUUCAUGGAAUAAUGAAUUAAGGAAGAAAGGAUAUGAAUCUACCGCUUACAAGAAAAGAUCUCAUGAUAGUCAAUAUGGGCCCUCAACACCCAUCAAUGCAUGGUGUUCUUCGACUGAUCGUUACUCUCGAUGGUGAGGAUGUUAUUGAUUGUGAACCCAUAUUAGGCUACUUACACAGAGGAAUGGAAAAAAUCUCGGAAAACCGAAUUAUUAUACAAUACUUACCUUAUGUAACAAGAUCUAACAGUUCAAGUACAGUUGAUAUAGUUGAAGCACAGUCAAAAUACGGUUUUUUUGGAUGGAAUAUUUGGCGUCAGCCUAUAGGUUUUCUGGUUUUUUUAAUUUCUUCUUUGGAAGAAUGUGAAAGAUUACCCUUUGAUUUACCAGAAGCGGAGGAAGAAUUAGUAGCAGGUUACCAAAGUGAAUAUUCCGGUAUCAAAUAUGGUUUAUUUUAUCUUGUUUCUUACCUAAAUUUAUUAGUUUCUUCUUUAUUUGUAACAGUUCUCUACUUGGGCGGGUGGAAUUUAUCUAUUCCGUAUAUAUCCUUUUUUGAUUUUUUCCAAAUGAAUAAAGCAGUUGGAAUUUUGGAAAUGACAAUGGGUAUAUUUAUUACAUUAACUAAAGCUUAUUUAUUUCUCUUCAUUUCUAUCACAAUAAGAUGGACUUUACGGAGGAUGAGAAUGGAUCAGUUAUUAAAUCUUGGAUGGAAAUUUCUUUUACCUAUUUCCCUGGGCAAUCUCUUAUUAACAACCUCUUCUCAACUUGUUUCACUAUAA